CUCUACUUAGGAAUAUCAUUUGCAUCUUCUAUACCGUUCACAACUAUUUGAACCAAAUGAGUCAUUUGUGGAUUUUGACCUUCGGAGACCCGCCAAGGAGAAAAUUUAUCAUAUAGAAUGCCAAGAGAUUAUGACAAACGCCCUCGAUCAAGAUCUCAUGACCGAUACAGGGAUCGUAAUGAUAAUUGUGAGCGUUCUCGUAAACACCGAGAAGACUACCAUCGAAGAGAUCGCGACCACGGAUACGAUUGUGAGGAAAGAGAUCUAGAGAGAAGCCGAUACCGACAUGAAAAAGAAAAACGCAGAGACCGUGAUAGUCGACGGAGACAUGAACAAAAUCAUAACGACGAAAGAUGGAAGCGUCGUACACGUUCUAGGAGCCCCAUGCCUACACCUGAAUCAGAAACCGUGGAGUAUGAAGAGGCAGAACCAACUGAACCUGUAACCGAAGAGGAGGCAGAAAUGAUGCGCACUAUGGGUUUCUGCAAUUUCGGCACCACAAAAGGAAAACAUGUUAUUGGUAACAGUGUUUAUGUGGCAAACAUAGCAAAACAGCGAAAGUAUCGUCAGUACAUGAAUCGUCGUGGAGGUUUCAAUCGUCCUCUCGACCCAGUUGCUUAAACAUUAUGAUAUUUGUAUAUAUUCUCUUAAAACCUGUCAAAACGCACUCAAUAUAACGAGAUGUAUUGAUAGGAAAUAUAACUCAUACUAAAAUUUUAAUGUGUAUUUCACAAAGAAUGGCCAAUUGCUGCGUAGGUUUAAUAGAUGUAUUUGUUACGUUACAAGGUGAAACACUUGCUAAGAAUAAAUCAUACUUCGCUUUUCGGGCAAGUGUUAUUUGAAAAAAGGCAAUCUAGCAUUCGAAGCUCAACCAACAAUUUAAAAAUGCGCAAUUACAAAUAAGAUUCUCUCAUUACUAAUUUACCUGUUCAACCAUUGAAUUUACCAUAUCCUGAAAUACAAUAUAAGUAGGUCACAGAUGUGUUCUAUUUUCUCCAAUGCCAUUAAAAGACUGGUUCUUUAAAAUAUUUGAAAAAAAUUUUCUCAUGGUUACUUACACCUGUUACCCGUCGUGGAGCAUUGUUCGUCGACAAUGGCUCCAAAUAAAUUUCUCCUGGG